AUGUUCAAAAAGUUCUUACUUGUGCUGGAUGAUAUUUGGGAGGAGGAUGACGAGAAGGAUAAAAGCAAAUGGGAGGAUGUGCUCGCCCCUCUAGCUUCUGGGGGUUUUGGUAGUAAGAUUCUGGUAACGACUCGAACAGACUCAGUUGCACUGAUGCUUGCAAAGGUAAUUAAAAAGAAGAAGGAAAUAGUUAAAUUAGAGGGCCUAGUAGAAGAUGAGUGUUUGCAGCUCCUCUACUCUCAUGCAUUUGCUGUUGUAGAGAACUCCCCUGAUGAUCAUGAAAAUUUAGAAGUUAUUGUUGGAGAGAGAGUUAAAAGCUUUCAGGAUCUCCAUUGGCAGCCAAAG